UCUAGAUAGUCUAACUCAGUCAAUUGAUUCCACUGAAGUUAAACUUCAUUUGUAUCUCCAUCAAUUUCUCGAUUGAAAGUAACUUUUGAAUUUCGGCAACAUGACUCGUCGCUCGUUUCUCACUUUCUUCCUGCUGGUCAUAUCGGCGACCGCUCAGAACAUCACUCUCUUUGAUGCACUUCGUUCAGUGAACGCAUCUUUGUUCGCUGACUGGAUCCAAAAAAAUCCUGAGCUAGCUUCUUUUUACACAUCAAGCAAUGUUCAAACAGUGUACGCACCAACUGAUGAGGCAUUUAUCGCGUUCAACCGCACAAACGGCGGCGAGUUACAGCACCGUCUUUGGACCAGACAAGGAGUCGACCCGGCCUUAGCAGCCCGAUAUCAGGCUAUGAAAAAUAGUGAAGAAGUUUUCAAUGGGGGUUCCUCAUCGUCAAGUUCCUCUACGUCGUCAAGUUCCUCUACCUCGUCAAGUUCCUCUACCUCGUCAAGUUCCUCUACCUCGUCAAGCUCUACUACGUCGUCAAGUUCCUCAUCAACGUCUGGUUCAGCUUCGUCGUCGAGCCUUUCCUCUACCUCUCUGACUUUUCUCUCUGGAACGUCGAGUUUACCAUUCGGGCCUUCCACCACACUUUCGUCUUCUCCAUUGUCAACUCCUUCCUCAUCCUUGACAUUGAUUCAAUCAAAUCUGGACGGGCCCUAUGAGGGUUCCCAACCCGUCGUUCAGGAGACCAUAAUUGUUUACGGUAACUCAGUCUCCAAGCGUGAUUCGUCCUCUACUUCCCGAGUUGUACUUCGUUCAGGCCUAGGAAACAAUGUGAGCGUUGUCACGCCAAAUAUCCGUUACAACGGAGGAAUCCUCCAUACCGUUGAUGGAUUUUUCACACUCCCCCAAUCGUUCAGCAGCACAUUCAACCAGACCAACACAACCAGCUUUGCUCAAGGGCUUUCCAAGACUGGGCUAGGAACUGCGAUUGAGAAUUCGACAGCAACAACAGUCUUCACUACUUCCAACGAAGUGUUUCAGGCUGGAGUAGCUAAUAGCACCAAUACAACACUUUCCAGCACCUUGUCAAACCAAAUAAUUCCCAAUUUUCUCGGAUAUUCGCCCCUCCUCACCAACGGGACCGUUCUUACUGCACAAUCGGGGAAGAAUAUUACCGUGACCAUACAGAACGGGGACUAUUAUAUCAACAAUGCUAAGAUCAUCGCGUUCGACCAGCUUACAUCCAAUGGAGUCGCGCAUGUGGUGGAUAGUUUCAUUAAUCCUUCCAGUGCUCCCCCGGUGCCCGUCUUUACUGGUGCAGCCGUGUCUGAUAAGGCGGGCGACGUGUCUACCGGAGUGCUGUCAGGCUUGUCAAUGCUCCUCGCCUUUUUACUCUGAUUUUUAAGGAAGUUGAGCAUCAGCAAAUAAAAAAACCUUGCUACUGAUUAGCUGCAGAUUGACACCGGUAGCCUGCAGCUGCCAACAUCGAUGAUCGCUAAACGCCCGAACGCCCGAACGUGCCAAUAAUAACGGCGGAACGCCUCGCCAAUAUCUUCCUUGUCCAGACUUUUGAGUCCCGUCCUUUCAAUACGGGCUAGCUAUAGUUCUCUGUCUGCAUGGUACAGCAGCCACACUAUCCCCUUUUCUGACGGACUUGCUUUGCCGCUCAUCGGGAAACUGGCAAUAAUGGUGGUUGAAUUAUGCUCUAGACUCGGCUCUUUGCAUUAGCUUAUAAUACUUUAAUAAUAAAUUAAUUCGCGCCGCCCCUCCCC